GUUUAACUGCAGCAACACCAUCGAUCAGGGAUAAUCAGUUUUAUGUUUAUCCUUCGUCUAAGGAGAGACAAAAUGGCCAGUCAGCUGCUAUGGAUCUUCCUAUUGCUUGCUUUCAUAACAGGUGGACAUUGCAGAAGAAUUAUAAAUGGUGAACCAUGCAACCCCAAUGACCUGAAGGGUUUAACUGAUUUCAAGAAUGGAAUUCACUCUGACACUUCCGGCCGGCUAAUGAAGUGGAAUGGUCGUAGCUGCUGCAAGUGGGAGGGCAUUUCCUGUGAUAAUACCACCGGUAGAGUGACAGAAAUCCGUCUCCCGGGAUUCAUUUCCGCUAAUGAUUUUCCCUUACAAACCCAGAUGGAAGGUUGGCUGUCUCCUUCUAUCACACUCCUCACCUCCCUUGAAGUCAUUGACUUCAGCGAGCUCUUUGGCCUUUCCGGGCAAAUCCCAACUUCAAUCGGUUUUCACCUCCCAAAACUGCGAAAGGUCUAUCUCCAUCAGAACAACCUAAGUGGUCCAGUACCCAAGAGCAUUGGUAAGCUCUCACAAAUUGAAGAAAUCCUACUAGAUGAGAACAAGCUAUCCGGUUCUCUACCCUCAAGCCUCGGGAAUCUCAAGAGGCUCACCAGACUGCUACUGCAUUCAAACCAACUUUCGGGCCCAAUACCUGAUUCGCUUACCAACUUGACAAGUUUGGUGUAUUUGGAUCUUCAUAGCAAUUCUAUAUCUGGUCUGAUACCAGAAAAGAUCGGUAAACUGGAACUUCUGCAAGAGCUUGAUCUUUCCAACAAUUCCUUGAGCGGGAAGAUCCCAUCUUCUAUAACUAAUUUAACUGCCAUUUCAGUGAUAUACUUGAACAACAACUAUCUUGAAGGGGAAAUUCCAUUACCAUCGAGCUAUGGUCAGAUGCCUUCUCUUGCCCAUCUAAGGCUGCAGACUAACCAUCUGACCGGAAAUAUACCUCCUGCAUUUGGUUCUUUGGCUUCCCUUCAAAGGGUUUCCCUGGCAGAUAACAUGCUGGAGGGAGCAAUACCUUCUAGUUUGGGCAAUCUAUCGGCUUUGGCAGAGUUAUAUCUUGAUGGCAAUCAAUUAUCUGCCCAAAUACCAAAUUCAAUUGGCCGGCUCUCCCAGCUCAUAGCCUUGAGUAUGUCUCAUAAUUUGAUUCAAGGAACACUGCCCCAGGAAAUAUCUUCCCUCCAAAAUCUUCAGAUACUUGAUUUGUCAUUCAACCUCUUAAAUCUCCUCUCCAUCCCUGAUUGGCUAAUAGGAUUGCCAUCUCUUUGUAAAGUAUACUUGGCGGGAAGCGGAAUCCAAGGUGAAAUUCCAGAGUUCUUGCGAAAAAGUUCAAUACAGGAGCUGGAUUUAUCAGCCAAUCAUCUCACAGGAAGCCUGCCGGCAUGGCUAGGAAGCCUUACAGGUCUCUAUUACUUGAACGUCUCGAGGAAUCUACUUGUUUCAGAAAUUCCCAAUACAUUUAGAAACUUGCGGAGCUUGGGUGUGCUCGAUCUUCACUUGAAUAAGCUAACAGGAACCAUCAGUCCAGUUUUUCUAACAGGGAGCCAGUUCCCAGGUGGGUCAUUAACAUAUGUUGAUCUUUCUAACAAUAACUUCUCUGGAGGGAUUGAGCAAAUUGGCGCUGGAGAGCAACGUGGGAUUCAAUAUCUCAAUCUAUCACAGAACACCCUCAAAGGCACAUUACCAGCUUCAAUAGGGAAAUUGGGAUCAUUACAGAGUUUGGAUAUCAGUCACAACGAGUUGGGUUCCAAAUUGCCGGAGUCUCUGGCGAGCAUAAGCUCCAUAGAGAAGCUGAAGCUGCAGAAAAACGAGUUUACUGGUGAAAUACCACGAGCAUUUUUGAAGUUCGAAAAGCUGAAAGAGUUGGAUUUGUCAGAUAAUCUCCUAGAGGGGGAAAUUCCUAAUGGAGUACCCCUGUAUAAUUUUCCUGCCAGCUCUUACACAGGAAACAGGGGAUUAUGUGGGAAGCCUCUUGCUCCCUGUAAAACUUGAAAUUUGAAUGCAAUAACUUUAGUUUUUAAAAUUAUUAAACACAUUUUUAA